GGACUGGAAGAGCGAAGUAGUCAGAGCAGUUUUCUCAGAACACCACAGGGGUUGUAGAUACCUGGUGUUUGAACUCUCGUACUUUCGGUUUGUCCCUUUGAAGUCACUUCCGUUUUGGGCAGGACGCAGGCCAAACCUGUGGCGGGAGUUGGAGAUCCUUCAGCUAAUACACCAGAUUACCUAGUCACACUUGGAAGAAUGGAUGCGGAAGCAGGAGCAACCUUUUAGAAGGCUACCUUAAAUACUCCAGGAUCAUCAUGCUUAGAUUUCAUAAUAUAAAAAAGCCUCUUGAAAAUCAGAUUUCCUGUUUGACAAGUGAAUCUUAUAAACAGCUGGAUUAUUUGCCUGACAGACUAAGAGCAAAGCUGCUUCCUUUUCAGAAAGAUGGCAUCACUUUUGCCCUUAGAAGAGAUGGCAGGUGCAUGGUGGCUGAUGAAAUGGGUCUAGGAAAGACAAUCCAGGCAAUUGCCAUCGCUUACUUCUAUAAGGAGGAAUGGCCUCUUUUAAUAGUGGUCCCUUCAUCUCUGAGGUACCCUUGGACAGAAGAAAUAGAGAAAUGGAUCCCAGAAUUAGGUCCAGAUGAAAUCAGUGUCAUACAGAAUAAAAUUGAUGUUGGGAGAAUAUCUACCAGCAAAGUGACAGUUCUGGGUUAUGGUCUCUUAACAACAGAUGCAGAGGCUUUGAUAGACACACUGAAUAAUCAGAACUUCAAUGUGGUGAUAGUGGAUGAAUCACACUACAUGAAGUCCAGAAAUGCAAGUCGCAGCAAGAUUUUAUUGCCAAUAGUACAGAAAGCCAAACGAGCCAUUCUUCUUACAGGAACUCCAGCUUUGGGAAGGCCUGAAGAGCUUUUUAUGCAGAUUGAAGCUCUCUUUCCACAAAAAUUUGGAACAUGGACUGACUAUGCCAAAAGAUACUGUAAUGCACAUGUCAGAUAUUUUGGUAAAAGGCCUCAGUGGGAUUGUAGAGGAGCGUCAAAUCUUAAUGAACUUCAUCAGUUAUUAAGUGACAUAAUGAUUAGAAGGCUAAAGGAUGAAGUUUUAACCCAGCUGCCCCCUAAAAUCAGACAGCGAAUUCCUUUUGAUCUUCCAUCAGCAGCAGCCAAGGAAUUGAAUAGCAGCUUUGAAGAAUGGGAAAAAUUAAUGAAAGCUUCAAAUUCAGUUGCCUCUGAGACUAUUAUGGGGUUGAUCACUCGCAUGUUUAAACAAACUGCUAUUGCCAAGGCAGGUGCUGUAAAGGAUUAUAUUAAGAUGAUGCUUCAGAAUGAUUCACUUAAAUUUCUGGUUUUUGCUCACCAUGUAAUCAUGCUCCAAGCUUGCACAGAAGCAGUCAUAGAAAACAAGACUCGUUAUGUUAGGAUAGAUGGAAGUGUUCCAUCCUCAGAAAGAAUACAUCUGGUUAAUCAGUUUCAAAAGGAUCCUGAGACUCGUGUUGCUAUCCUAAGCAUUCAGGCUGCUGGUCAGGGUUUGACGUUUACUGCUGCAACUCAUGUUGUGUUUGCUGAGUUGUACUGGGACCCUGGACAUUUAAAACAAGCAGAAGACCGUGCUCACCGAAUUGGACAGUGCAAUUCUGUGAAUAUUCACUACCUCAUUGCAAAUGGGACUCUAGACACCCUUAUGUGGGGAAUGUUGAAUCGCAAGACUCAGGUUACUGGGAGCACAUUGAAUGGUAGGAAGGAACAACUUCAGGCUGAGGAAGGUGAUAAGCAAAAAUGGGAUUUCCUGCAGUUUGCUAAAGCUUGGACACCAAAUGAAAGUUCUGAAGAGCUCAGGAAGGAUAUCUUGUUCACUCAUUUUGAAAAAGAAAAACAGCAUGAUAUUCGAUCAUUCUUUUUGCCAAAACCUAAAAAUAGUCAGUCGGUGACCUCCUGUGAUGAAUCAAGGAUAUUCCAUGAAAAAAGUAUUGCAGUGCCAACGGCCCCUGGAAAAGUAUUUGCAAGAGAUAUCAUUGAUUAUGAAAACAAUUUUGAACCUGAAGCUAAAAGAUUGAAGUCAGUCACCACUGGUGACCACUGCAGUGCCUCAGAGGAGAAGCCGCGCCGGCCCAGAGAAACCGCCCCACCCCUUCCUGGAGAGGACUGGCAGUGCGGGUUCUGCACCUAUAGCAAUAACUCAUUGUUACCUUGCUGUGAAAUGUGUGGGCAUCCUCAAGGCAGUGCUGAUGGCCUCAACUAUACCCAGGAUAAAAACAUAAAUGAGAAAGAUGACUCUCAGAAAGGCACAUCCAGAAAAGUUUGGACUGAUUCUGAAUGUGAGAAACAAAUUCUUGCACCAUCAGAAACUGAACCGUUGGCUGAGAGCAAGGAAAAAAUAUCAAAAAUUGAGAGGGAAGAUGGACAUAUGCCCCAGUCAGGCAAUGAACAGUUGGAGCGUUCUGAUACUCUGCCAGUGUAUGAUACCUUAAUGUUUUGUGCGAGUAAGAAUACCGACCGGAUUCACCUCUACACCAAGGAUGGAAACCAGAUGAACUGUAAUUUCAUUCCUUUGGAUAUAAAAUUAGACCUUUGGGAAGAUUUACCUGCAAGCUUUGAGCUGAAACAAAAUCGCUCCCUGAUUUUGAGGUUUGUUCGAGAAUGGAGUAGUCUAACUGCCAUGAAGCAAAGGAUCAUCAGGAAAAGCGGGCAACUAUUCUGCAGCCCAAUUCUUGCUUUCGAAGAGAUCACAAAGCAACAAACCAAACGAAAUAGUACAAAAAGAUAUAUAACCAAAGAAGAUGUUGCUGUAGCCUCAUUGGACAAGGUGAAGAAUGACGGGGGCCACCUCCGUCUGAUCACAAAGGAGGCCAGGCCACAAGACACUUCUACAAAAAACUUUCUUGAAGAUGGAGCCUGUGUCCCAUUUCCAAAUUCCUGCCUAGCCCAAGCCGAUCACACUGUGAAGCCUUCUACAUCCAAGGGCUAUUUGCAAGCUGUGGAUAAUGAAGGAAAUGCACUUUGCCUUCUCUGUCAGCAACCCACUUGCCAGACUAAACAAGAGUGUAAAGUGAAUGCUUGGGAUUCACGGUUUUGCUCUCUGAAAUGUCAGGAGGAAUUUUGGAUUCGUUCUAAUAACAGUUACCUACGAGCCAAAGUAUUUGAAAUUGAACAUGGUGUGUGUCAGCUAUGUAAUCUGAAUGCACAAGAACUCUUUUUACGUCUGAGAGAUGCUCCUAAAAGUCAGCGGAAAAGUCUUCUGGAUAUUGCCUGGAUCUCAAAGCUCCCUUUAGAACAGCUUAAUGAAAUGAUAAGAAACCCAGGGGAAGGGCAUUUCUGGCAGGUGGACCACAUCAAGCCAGUGUUUGGUGGAGGAGGACAGUGCUCCCUGGACAACCUGCAGACUCUCUGCACAGUCUGCCACAGAGAGAGAACUGCCAGACAAACCAAGGAAAGGAGCCAGGUGAGAAGACAGUCUCUGGCAGCAAAGCACGGAUCUGACAUCAUGCGAUUUUUGGUGAAGAAAUGAAGUGUAAAAAUCUUGAAUGGAUGACAAAUGGUUUACAUGUGGAGGAAUGUAACUCAAGUUUUUUCGUGUUUAUCUAAUAUUUUAAGAGUAGAAAUUUUCAGACAAUCAAGGAUUCAACUUCCCUUUUCAUAUUAAAUGCUUUUAGUGUUCACUGCCUUUUUAAAGUACUUAACAGAAAUCCUGAGAUGUGGUACUAAAUAUAGUGAUCUUCUCAAUUUCAUACAGACUCAGUUAUGUCUCAGUAAGGUUUUGUUAAGCCCUCAUUUCCCCCUUCUAUACCUUAAUCAUGGUAUUAUGCAAAGAUGGUAUUUGAAAAAUAUAGUCUCAAUUACUUGCAACUGCUACUGGAUUAGGAUUGGUUCUGGACUGCUGUGCAUAUAAAAUGGAACACUGCAAAACCAUAAGGGAAAUUUGGGAAGCGAAUAUCAUUAUUCACGAAUACUGGGUGAAGUGUGACGGGCCUGCUUAGUAUGCAGGAGAGACUCUUGUUCACUAAAUGCCUCCAAAAAGGGCUUGGGAUACACAUUUUGACUGUUUCUUUUUUGUUAUAUUUCUUAGCCAGCUGUCUUUAUUGAAACAAAUGCUUUUGAAAAUAAGGUAAUUGGACCCCUGCUGUUUGUGGACAGUUCCCGAGUUCUGGGUAAAAUAACUAUUAAAAAUACUUAAAACUAAAAACAUAAAAUUUAAAAUACCACGUAAACUUCAAUAAUUAGUUUGUUCUCAUUCAUAAAACUAGACUGGCUGUCAUAGCACCUUUUGUGUCCUGAUUAUCACUUUUUGUUUUUAAAAUUCUGUCUUAUUAAAAGUGUAUUCCUGGUACCUGAUUUAAAAGAAGCGAUGAUGAUUAAACACUUUAUAUUAAAGCA